AUGUCACAGGGCAGGGAAGGGGGUCUGGCGGUGGUCGUGCAGAGUCUCAUGCGGGCUCCAGAGGUGGUGGCCGGUCGCGCCCGACGGGCCUCCACGCAGGCGAGGCACCCACGAGAGGGAGACGUCCCACGUCUCCUUGGCGAACCCCUCACAGAAGAACCCGACGUAGAGGACGACCGCACGAGCUACGUGGAGCUCCGCGUGAUGGCGACAAACGCGGCCACGCGGUUCAUCGAGGAAGUCUCUCGCACGGACGGGAAUCGGGUCCGCUGCGUGGAGCUUGGCGGGGAGGGUGAAGAGGGGGGUGCGACCGCCGCCGCUGCGGAGGUUCGGGCCGCGCUGCAGGAGCAUCGGGUUCGGUGGCGGCUUGGUGUCGCCGUGGACGUCUCUGCGGGCGUGUUUUUGGAGCGUCGCGCGCGGGGCGGCGCGGUGCACUUCGCCAAGAUGUUUGCCUAUCACCUGACCAAUAUCCUGAAGUCGAUUGACAGUAAGGAAGAGGACGACGUGGGUGGCACGCGCCUGCUUCCGCAGAUUUCUUUUUUCUUGUUCGAUCUGCGUGCGAUUGGGCUAGACGACGAGGACGGCUGGUGGCUCGUGGAGUCUGUGAUGCGUCAGGUGCGUCUUGCGUGUAGGUACGGUAAAGAUAAGGAGCCGCCCGUUGGUGGCGGCGCGACCGACGUGGUGGCGUUCUUCCGCUCGCUACAAAAUGUCCUCCUUGGCGGCAACCGACUUCGCAUCGCCGGCGCUGUGAUGAUCCUUCAGUCGCUGUUAGGUUUCGAAGCUCUGCUGCGUUCGCCACGCACCACCCAUCACCAAAAGAUGGAAAAGGAAAGAGAAGCAGCAGAAAAUGUAACGCUUAGUCAGCCGCAGCGACGGUUGUUGCCCUACCUCAGCCUCGUAGAUCUUCGGUGGAAUGAUCUUACAAUGGAGGAAACGAGGCAGUUCCUCGCACCCAUGGUUGACGAAUUCGGAGAGGAUGGACUCGUCAUCAUUACAAGUCUUCACGGCGCGGGAGGUCGUCCAAAGACGUCUCGCCGUAGCGGCCUGAAUGAAACGCUCACACCCAGGUCGGAUCUCACGGCAGCAAUGGACUCCAGAGCGGAUGAUGACAGCUAUGUGGCAUCGCCCGCCCCCCACCCUAUUCGUCAGGCAACGGUAGAGAUGUCCAUAAAUCGUGAAAGCGAAUUCAGUGCAGAUAAGGGGUAUUUAGACGACAAAUUGUGGUGGUCUGGCGGCAAUCAUUCUGACAGGAAGGAAGCAGCACAGAGGCACCCCCGCACGGCGGACGACGAGCGGAGUUGCGCGAGCGGUGAUAAAAACCUCCCCCAAGGGCGAUCCCACCCACAAGGGGAACAAGGAGUAGAUCACGACGACGAUGAAACCCGCCGGCUCUGCGAUCUUGAGCGAUUCGCGCUGUCAAAUACGCAAAGACCACUUGGGGGCGAGGAGGCAGUUGUUGCGGCAGAUUCAAUCCGCUUGGAAUCCCCUGUGGCGAUGGAUAAGGGUGAGGUUUAUCUUAAAAAUCCCGUCAUCAAAGGUGGGGAACGGAAAACGUUAGAAGAGGAAGAAGGGGAAGGGAGAGGAGAGGUGCUUUCGCUCUCGCCGUUGCCGUCGGCGCCCUUCAUCGCUCUGAGAGAGCUGACGUCGCCUGAAAACCUCACCGGUUUGGUGUUAGAACUAUCCCCGAGCGAUCCCGUGGUGCCGGCGCGGUCGUCGUGGCGGCGGCGAGCACCAAGCAGUAAUGAUCUUAAUAAUGAUGCCGACAAGGGUUCCCUGCCCUCCACGCGUGGUACCUCCGCGAUUAUGGUCUCGUCUGCAUCCCUUUCGUAUCUUAGGGUAUCGCCGAGUACGGUGCGAUCGGCACUGACGACACCGCGGGAGCGGUGCUAUCGAAGCAGCGUCCGCACGGACGACAGCGGCGGCGGCCACCGACAGCGGCGACAUGAUGAAGGGGCGUUUCCCUCCCGUCGAUUAACGUGGACGACGCCGAGGAAAGGCGAAACCCCCAUGAAGACCCCUUCCAGGAAGGAUGCUGCCCUCGCGCGGGGCCGCACGCCCCCGUCGAAGACGACUUUAUCAUCCCCUGCGACGUCCACCGUCGCCUCCUCCUCACCGUCACCGCAGGGGGUGCAAAAACACGCGGGAAUCCCUUCACACGAGCGCAGCCAAUUGAACGGAUCCACAUCAACCAACCAACCCCCGGCGAGCGCAGGAGGAAGAACAAAGAGGCGAGAUGCCUCUUUCAACGAGCCAAUGAAACGAAAGAUCGCCACGUCGAUGGUAGCGGCGGCACAUUCGUCGGUUUCCGUUGCGGAGGAGGAGGCCACUCUGCUGGAUUGGUGGCCGCUUCCGCUCAUUCACCGCGUGCUACGUACGGUGCGUCCAUCGCAUCGCUCUUAA